AUGGCAGAUCGCGAUCUCGCCGAUGGCCUCCUGUCCCCCGCGCAGCGCAGGCUUGCCAAUCCUUCCGACCAAGAAGCUCUGGAACUUGAUCUGACUCUGUGCCCGGCUCUUCCGCCUCUGUCCACAACGAGUACACGUCAAGGGGAGGGCAGAAUAACACGAUGGUGGAGGCGAUACAUUGAAAUGGGGGUGCCUCACACCAAGUGCCGUGACCAUCUAGCGAAUGAAAGAACAUACUUAGGUUAUCUACGCACCGGUCAGGCAUUUGCCAUACUGGGUGCAGUCAUUGCCCAAGUACUACGUCUUCAUCACAGUCUGACUCCGAAUCCAGUCAUUGGGUUUUUCGUCGUCAGUGUACCUCUUUCUUGCGUGUGCCAUGUCACCGCAAUCAUCAUAUCUGCCCUUGGAGCUCUCCGAUUCCUUCGAUACCAGAAGGAGAUGGCUCGAGGCUAUGCCGUGUCGGGCGGUUGGGAGAUCAAAUGCGUUGGGAUACUCGCUACACUGAUUGUCCUCUGCAUGUUUGUGCUCGUUCUCGCCAUCACAAUCGAGAAAGGUUGA